AGCGCUGAGUGUUGAGCCAGCCUCGUUGCUUCUGUCAAGACAAGCAGACCCUUUAGAUAUGAAAGGCAAUAUUUUAAUUAAGCUGGCGCAUGUGCUGGAUGGUGCCCUUUCUGUACUGAUGCCUGGUGAUGGAAUUCCUGAUAACCAGACUCUGGAAACUAUCACUCGCUUAGAAGUCGAAUUGCAAGACAUAUGGGAAGAGCUGUGUGAGGCAAGAGCGAAAUCGAGUGACACAAUAGAACUGCGCUUGGAAUGGGAUGCAGUGGACUUCACCUAUCAUUCUAUCAUAACAACAGUCUUGCGACUCAAUUCGGUUUCCUUACAUGACCAUCGUGUGCGUGAACGCUGUUUAUCUCAUGCCCGCAGAGCAUUACGUUCAAUGAAUGUGCUGCAACAUCAUAUCUUGCGGGGUGAACAAAUAUACCACGAUUUUGUGUUCUGGACCGUACUUCUCUACCCACUUACGCCUUUUUUCAUUAUCUUUUGCAAUGUCAUUGCAACAUCCAAUCGCGAGGACUAUAAUCUUCUAACCCAAAUAACAGCGGCCUUAUCCCGCAUCAAGGAAUGUAACCCUUCAAUAUUCCGAUUGCAUGGGUUAUUUUCACAGUUCACAGCUUUGUGCGAUCAGCUUUAUGAGACCAUUGCUCAGGAUGUUUCACAGCAGCAUGAACAACCCAUGGAGGCAAUCAGAAGCCAGCCCACUGCAGUUGCCAACUCUAAUGAUGUUAACGUAUCGGUAUAUCCUCAACUCCAUGAAUCGCUUACCGCAAGGGCACACAGCAGUGAUAGCACUCAACUAGGAAGCUCGGAGCAACAGGUGCUGUAUUCGCAUGCACUCGAUCCUGGAUCUAGUGCGGAAGGGAUAUCUCAGCAACCUUCGUCAAUGUGGGAUGACGGGCUUAUGUGGGAACUUUUCAAUAUCCAGCCAACUGUUGAAUGGUUCGAUGCGGGUUAUAAAGAUAGUGCGACUGGGCUAUGAUACGGUAUUACAAUGAUAUGCACAAAUAUGAC